CGCGGAGGGGAUCCGGCUGGCCCCGGCUGCCCGGAGCGCGGAGCUGCGGGAACGGAGCCGGGGUUAGCGGCGCUGCUGGAAGAUGGCGAGCGGCGGGGACGCGCGGCCGCCGUGGCGGCCGGGGCGCCUCCCGCCGCUGCUGCUGCUGUGCCUUCUGCUGCUGAGGAGCCCGGGCCGGGCGGCGCACAUCAAGAAGGCGGAGGCGACCACGACGACGACGAGCGCUGGCGCCCCGGCGGCCGAGGGCCAGUUCGACCGCUACUAUCACGAAGAGGAGCUGGGCACGGCGCUGAGGGAGGCGGCGGCCGCGGGCCCCCCCGGCCUGGCCCGCCUCUUCAGCAUCGGCCGCUCGGUGGAGGGCCGGCCGCUGUGGGUGCUGCGCCUCACGGCCGGCCUGGGGUCGCUGCUCCCUGACGGAGACGCGGCGCCCUUGGCCGAGGGGCCCGACGCGGGGGGCCCGCUGCUGCCCGGCCGGCCGCAGGUGAAGCUGGUGGGCAACAUGCACGGCGACGAGACCGUGUCGCGCCAGGUGCUGGUCUACCUGGCCCGCGAGCUGGCGGCCGGCUACCGCCGCGGGGACCCGCGCCUCGUCCGCCUGCUCAACACCACCGAUGUGUACGUGCUGCCCAGCCUCAACCCCGACGGCUUCGAGCGCGCGCGCGAGGGCGACUGCGGCCUCGGCGACGGCGGCCCGCCCGGGGCCAGCGGCCGGGACAACAGCCGCGGCCGCGACCUCAAUCGCAGCUUCCCGGACCAGUUCAGCACCGGCGAGCCCCCGGCACUGGACGAGGUGCCGGAGGUGCGCGCCCUCAUCGACUGGAUCCGGAGGAACAAAUUUGUGCUUUCUGGAAAUCUGCAUGGUGGCUCGGUGGUAGCAAGCUAUCCUUUUGAUGAUUCUCCAGAACAUAAGGCCACUGGAAUCUAUAGCAAAACCUCAGAUGAUGAAGUCUUUAAAUACUUGGCAAAAGCUUAUGCAUCAAACCACCCUAUAAUGAAAACUGGUGAACCUCAUUGUCCAGGAGAUGAAGAUGAGACAUUCAAAGAUGGAAUCACAAACGGCGCACAUUGGUAUGAUGUGGAAGGUGGCAUGCAAGACUACAAUUAUGUAUGGGCCAACUGUUUUGAGAUCACAUUAGAACUAUCUUGUUGCAAGUACCCACCUGCUUCACAGCUUCGACAAGAAUGGGAGAAUAAUCGGGAGUCUUUGAUCACAUUGAUUGAAAAGGUUCACAUUGGAAUUAAAGGAUUUGUUAAAGAUUCAGUAACAGGAUCUGGUUUGGAAAAUGCAACCAUCUCAGUGACUGGUAUUAAUCAUAAUAUCACGACAGGCAGAUUUGGUGAUUUCCAUAGAUUACUUGUUCCUGGAACUUAUAACCUUACAGUAGUUUUAACUGGGUAUAUGCCAUUGACUGUUAAUAACAUAGUGGUGAAAGAAGGACCAGCCACAGAAGUGGAUUUUUCCCUUCGGCCAACUGUGGCUUUGGUAAAUGAUGACACAACUGAAUCUGUAGUAACUGCUAGCACAGUUGCUGUACCUAAUAUUCCUCCUGGUACAUCAUCCUCCCACCAGCCAAUUCAGCCAAAGGACUUUCGACAUCAUCAUUUCCCUGAUAUGGAAAUCUUCUUGAGAAGGUUUGCCAAUGAGUAUCCUAAUAUCACCAGGCUUUAUUCAUUGGGAAAAUCAGUAGAGUCAAGAGAACUUUAUGUGAUGGAGAUAUCAGAUAACCCAGGUGUCCAUGAACCAGGUGAACCAGAAUUUAAAUAUAUUGGAAAUAUGCAUGGAAAUGAAGUGGUAGGAAGAGAACUGCUAUUGAACCUCAUUGAGUACCUUUGUAAGAACUUUGGACUAGAUUCUGAAGUCACAGAUCUGGUUCGCAGCACUAGAAUUCAUAUUAUGCCAUCCAUGAAUCCUGAUGGAUAUGAAAAGUCCCAGGAAGGAGAUUCAGUAAGUGUAAUUGGAAGAAAUAACAGCAACAAUUUUGACCUGAACCGAAAUUUUCCAGACCAGUUUGUUCAGAUCACAGAUCCUGCCCAACCAGAAACCAUUGCUGUAAUGAGCUGGAUGAAGGCCUAUCCAUUUGUACUGUCAGCAAACCUACAUGGAGGUUCUCUGGUGGUUAACUACCCUUUUGAUGAUGAUGAACAGGGACUUGCCACAUACAGUAAAUCACCGGAUGAUGCUGUGUUUCAACAAAUAGCACUUUCGUAUUCCAAGGAAAAUUCCCAGAUGUUUCAAGGUAGACCAUGCAAGAAUAUGUACCCUAAUGAAUAUUUUCCUCAUGGAAUAACAAAUGGGGCUAGUUGGUAUAAUGUCCCAGGUGGAAUGCAGGACUGGAACUACUUGCAAACAAACUGCUUUGAAGUCACCAUCGAGCUGGGUUGUGUGAAAUACCCACUUGAGAAAGAUUUGCCAAAGUUUUGGGAACAGAAUCGAAGAUCUCUAAUCCAGUUUAUGAAACAGGUUCAUCAAGGUGUCAAAGGAUUUGUACUGGAUGCCACAGAUGGCAGAGGUAUAUUAAACGCCACCAUCAGUGUUGCUGAAAUUAAUCACCCAGUGACUACAUACAAAACUGGAGAUUAUUGGCGUCUCUUGGUUCCAGGAACUUACAAAAUCACAGCAUCUGCUCGAGGGUAUAAUCCAGUCACCAAGAAUGUGACCGUGAAGAGCGACGGCGCUAUUCAGGUCAACUUCACACUUGUUCGAUCCUCAACAGAUUCAAACAAUGAAUCAAAGAAAGGAAAGGGGGACAGCACCAGCACCGAUUAUUCCACUGAUCCAACUACUAAGGAAUUUGAAGCUUUAAUUAAAGACCUUUCGGCUGAGAAUGGUUUGGAAAACCUCAUGUUAAGCUCUUCCUCAAAUCUGGCUCUUUAUCGGUAUCAUUCAUACAAAGACUUAUCAGAGUUUUUAAGAGGACUUGUAAUGAACUAUCCACACAUUACAAAUCUUACCAAUUUGGGACAGAGUGCUGAAUAUCGUCACAUUUGGUCCCUUGAAAUCUCUAAUAAGCCGAAUGUAUCUGAGCCCGAAGAACCAAAGAUUCGUUUUGUUGCUGGUAUCCAUGGCAACGCUCCAGUUGGAACUGAGCUGCUUUUGGCUUUGGCAGAAUUUCUCUGUCUGCACUACAAAAAGAACACAGCUGUUACCCAGUUAGUUGACAGGACUAGGAUUGUGAUUGUCCCUUCUCUGAAUCCAGACGGACGAGAAAGAGCACAAGAGAAAGACUGUACUUCAAAGAUGGGACAAACAAAUGCUCGCGGCAAAGACCUGGAUACAGACUUCACAAAUAAUGCUUCCCAGCCUGAGACAAAAGCCAUCAUUGAAAAUUUGAUUCAGAAACAGGACUUCAGUCUUUCUGUUGCUUUGGAUGGUGGUUCUGUGUUGGUCACAUACCCAUAUGACAAGCCAGUACAGACAGUGGAAAACAAGGAGACUCUGAAGCAUUUGGCAUCACUCUAUGCAAAUAAUCAUCCAUCAAUGCACAUGGGUCAGCCCAGCUGCCCAAAUAAGUCAGAUGAGAAUAUUCCAGGAGGAGUAAUGCGUGGAGCAGAAUGGCACAGUCACCUGGGCAGCAUGAAGGAUUAUAGCGUCACCUAUGGCCAUUGUCCAGAAAUCACAGUGUAUACAAGCUGCUGUUACUUCCCCAGUGCAGCACAACUCCCUUCCUUGUGGGCAGAAAAUAAAAGAUCUCUCCUUAGCAUGUUGGUGGAGGUUCACAAGGGAGUGCAUGGAUUUGUUAAAGAUAAGACUGGAAAACCAAUCUCUAAAGCAGUCAUUGUACUCAAUGAAGGAAUAAAAGUACACACAAAAGAGGGAGGUUAUUUCCAUGUACUGUUAGCGCCAGGGGUCCAUAACAUCAAUGCCAUUGCUGAUGGGUACCAGCAACAACAUUCCCAGGUCUUUGUGCAUCAUGAUGCAGCUAGCUCUGUGGUGAUUGUCUUUGACACAGAUAACCGGAUAUUUGGGUUGCCAAGAGAGCUUGUGGUAACUGUAUCAGGAGCCACCAUGUCGGCAUUAAUCCUGACGGCUUGCAUCAUUUGGUGCAUCUGCUCAAUCAAGUCUAACAGGCACAAGGAUGGCUUCCAUCGGCUCAGGCAGCACCAUGACGAGUAUGAAGAUGAAAUUCGCAUGAUGUCAACAGGCUCCAAGAAGUCCCUUCUAAGCCAUGAGUUCCAGGAUGAAACGGACACUGAAGAGGAAACAUUAUAUUCUAGCAAACAUUGAAAAACACAUUUCGCAUUCUCCCAGCAUAAGUAUCAAGCAACAUUACAGUUCCUCUUGGGAGACACUGCAUUAAGAAGACUCUCUUGCUUCUUCAAAGAGCUUUGGGAAGUUAACUUGCUAAAUUUAUAUUCUCUGUGAAUUUCACUGGCAGUUUUGAACUUCCCUUCCUUAACGUACUCAUAACCCUUCAAAAAAAAAAAAAAAAAAGAAAUCUGAUUUCUAUUUAUGCAGCAGAGAUGGGACAGCCACUUUGUUUUUAUUUUUUAAUUUAAGAUGAGCUUUUUGGAGUUUAUGUAAUAACAGCAUAAAGCCAACUAGUGGAUGUUGUAUUUUGCACAUCAGGUAUUUACUAGUGGCUUUAGCUUUUUUUUCCUUUAUUUUUAAAUGGCCAAAAGAAUCCAGAAACAUUAAGGCAGGGACAGCAGUCAGACUCUGACAUAAAGCUUUAAAAACUCAAUGUUUUCUCAACCUACUGAGGAGUACUUCUCUCUAGUUAUUAAAUAGCUGGAGUUUCUCUUAUUCAGGUUUAAUGGAGGUUGAAUUGAUUUUUAAGCAUAUAUAAUGUUAGGAAAUGAAUAAAUGGGCUUCCGCAUUUGUCUUUCUACCUGUUCCCAGGCUAGAUCAGAACUGGUGGGCUGUGCUCUAAGCAGGAUUUCACUACCUCUCUUGUAAGGUUUAGCAAAGUUAUAAAUAUCCCCCAUUUUAAGCAAGAACUUACUGACUGUUGUGAAAGAUCUAAAUGUGCGCUUGAAUGGAGCUGAGAGGGAGACUUAGCAAAAGCUGAAACUCAUGUUGCCUAUCUUUUAACUUGGUAAAAACCCACAGGUGCUGCUGCUUUUAUCUGUGAAGAACUAGUUUAUUCUAGGAAUGCCUAAUUCUGUAACAUUUCCUAAAAUUGAACUUUUUCUAUGUUGUACACUUAAGGUUUUCAGAUGACCCAACCAUCUACGAGAUCUGAAUUCUACUGAAAUUAUUAGGAAGUAUGGAAGAGACCUACUUGUGCAUUCUUGACCUAUUUGGAACAAAAAAUAUCUACACUUCAUACUCCAGCCUGAGCCUACACCAUGAAAUAGUAGACUAUGGUUGAAAUAACUUGGCCAGUCUUGUUCAUACAGGCCUCUGCAAGCGAUUGGGUUCUUUGUCCUAAUGUUUCAAAUGACAGUCUUUUUUUUUGACCAACCAACUUUGUUAAAAUUUUAGUGGAAAGCUUUCAAAUAUGCUGCCUCCAUUAAAAAAAAAGUAAACUAUGGCUGCUUGUGUGAUAUAACACUGUAGUGUGACGGUGUCAUCCGCUGCCAGUCAGGCACAGAGUGAGACGAUUUGCAUUUUAUUGUCUGUCUUAUCUGCUAUUUAGUGGAAAUGAUGCUUUUUGUAAGUGUGUGUCCUACCAAUGAUCUAAUGGUUUAAUACCUUUGAAUGUUUUAAUGGCCAAGUUGCUGCUGAACUUGUACUAAAUCAGGGGAUCAAAAAGCUUACUCUCAUCUUCUAAAUUGUAUUCUAUAUUCAUAAAUGUAUCCUUCAUCCCAAAGCUUUCCUGUGAAGUAGUUUGCCACCCACCUGGGUCGUUCAGCCAGGCUUUUAAAGGAAUGCAUCCAAAGUAGCUUUAUAAAAUAUUUUGUCUAUUAGGAAUAAUGAGCUCCUGACAUUUGUUAAUAAGUAUCUGUGGUAAAUUUGGGUGGUUGAAGGUUAAGCCAUUCUGCUAUUAAUCCUGGUAUUAGCCACUCAGACUCUGCCACCUCCCUCUCAUCCCACCACAUAAACAGAACAGAGCUUGUGGGAUGCUAGCAAUUAAUGAAAUAUAUAUACAUGAGUUAAUUUUUUCUGAUAAUCAUUACAAUUUCUUUGAAGAUACAGCAUAUUGCUCUUUUUUAGCUUUAUUUUUUAGAGUGCAAAGUCAGAAAACCAACAAAGGGCCUAUGAGUGUCUGGGCCUGCUUGCAACAUUGCAACUAGAAAUGAAGGUUGAUGUGACAGCCUUUGCUUUAUUAGCAUUGAUCUUCUCUAGAGGGCACUUUCUACAUUUACUUUCUUGAAUUAAACAUGCCUCUCUAACUGUACAUCGUAGUGCUGGAGGCCAUGCCUUUUAAGCGUGUGUAAAAUUAUUUAAGACAUGAACAUACAAAUAGUUCUUUUACUCAUUUUUCCCAAAAGGAAAACCAAAUUCUGCUGUAAAUCUUGACUCUUUAAUGAACUCCUGAGUAAUGCAUUUAGCUGGAAGAUAAGGCCUUCUCAGCCCAUGUCACCUCUGAAUGCGAGUGUACAAGAUCAGCGACUGCUACAACUAUGUUCUCAGCCCUGCUCUGUUUUUUACCUGAGGCUCUCAUCUAGUAUUAGCCCACAUUAACAGCUUAAGGCAUUGAAGCCAUAUGGGGUGGGGAAUGCAUUUCUUCAGUGUUUCUCCUAGAGACUUUCCAUUUCCUUGGAGUCAUGGAGGCAAGUAAGUAUCACAGUGUUGAGAAGUUGGCCCACAUCUGAGUUGUGCCUUUCUUUACUCACAAGGCAUUGUUUUUGUCUUGGUGAUGAGUUUGUAAGCCUUCUCUCUUCCCAGCUCCUUAAUCAAAGCAAAAUGAUUGAGUAGGUAACGUUUAAAGUGUCUGCCUGUGUAAAUGUACUUGUGCUGAUUGUAUAGUGCAGUAAGAUGAGCCCUUGGAAUUUCAGAAGGAAAGACCCGUUGAUUUCGGUGUUUUUUGUGGAACACUUGGGUAGUGAGUGGAAUCCCAUCCAGUUGAGGAAUGCUUGCAGUGCUCAUGGAAAGGAAUUUGAUUUGGGACUUUGUCAUCUUCCAGAAGGAAAGCAAAACAUACUGUAUUUUUGGCCCAGUGUGAUUGAUUGGUUAAUCUUUGUUACCUUUCGUCUGAAUGGGAUUUGCUGAAUUAAUGAAUAUUGACUUUAAAACUAAUUAUGAGUUUAAAAAUAAAUAAAAGGUAGUGCUUAUAUCUGAGCUUCUUGUGUUUCUGAGCUAACACAAGGUUAGUCAGUAACCAUGACCUGCUCCUCUAUUUCCAUUUAUUCUCAGCAUUAAAUAUUUUUAUCUUCUUGUUGACAGAAAUGCACUUGUGCAGGUUUUGUCCCUGCUGUAUUAAAAGCUUGCCUAUGAAUGCUGUAAACAUGCCCUGUGUUAUGGAUCUCUGGUGGAAUUGUUCUAAUAGUAACACCCAAAAUUUCUCCCUGUGUUUUUGCUUUAUUGUUAUUGCUGAAAAUCCCACUGUGGUUGAUGUUCAGUGAUUUUCUAUCUAGCAACUUUUUGAUAACUCUUUGGUUUUCUGAUUUGUUUUAAUUAAAGCAAAUUAGGGUCCUUGAUUAAUGCCAACUGAACUUGGAUUUCUAGUUCAUGAAAAAAAUUUCUCCCAACACCCGUUUCUCUUAUUUUUAGCAAUAACUCAUUCAUGAUUCCACUUGACUUUCAGAAUAUUGUCCUGGUUGAUUUUGUUUUUACAGAAUACAUUAUUAAAUUUGAAUGUAGGCUACCAUUUUGAGGCAAUUUGAUAUAAAUUAUGUAAAUAUGUAUGAUUAUGACUUUUAUAAAUGGCAGAACAUGAGUGUAUUGACUAUAUUCUAUGCCAGCCAUGCUGCAGAAUUUCUGGAGGUUGGACAUAGUGGUAUUUUUAUGCUCAGAUAGAAAAUCACCUUUCCACCUUUCCAUUUCUUCAGAAUGAUACUCCCCAGCUCCAGAACACUCUAUAACUGAUUAUAUGAGGUGCCCAAAUCCCAUUCAUCUCAAGUGCUUCAGUCUUUGGUUUAUUUCAUGCACUGUGCCUUCAAAAUGAAAUUUUUAAAAGGGACUAUAAAUGAAGUUGAAUAGUAGUUUUAAAGUCAAUCUGUGUAAUUUAUGUGAAAUCUAACUGUAAUGAGGUCUUUUCUGUUUUUUAUAUGUAAACGGAUCUAACCCUGUAUAAAAGUUAUUUUAUGA